CGGCCGCUGAUUGGCUACUGCGGGCUUGGUCCCUUCCCAGUGACCCCAAAGUGCUGAAGGGAGGGGGCGGGGGUGGCCCAGUGCAAAGUGCAUCCCGAAAGCCCCCCGCCUGGAGCCCCCGCGGCUGGCACCUCGGACCCUGUAUGACCCGGGACCUCGCCGCCCCGAGACCUCCCGGAUCCCCCCGUAGCGGGGAGCCGCCGGCCCGGAGCGCGGCAGCCCCCAGCUCCGAGCCCUCGGACCCGGACUGCCCCCCCCGCCCGAGCCGGGACUUCCUCCCUGCACCCCUGCCCCGAGGCGGCCCGGCGGCCGGGACCGCCGCCCCCGGCCUCCUGCACCGUCUGGAUGUGCGCCGGGCGGGGACCGUGAGGCUCCGGCGAGGAUCAGGAACACCCGUGUCCGGCCCUGCCUGGGGUGUUUCUUCAAUGGAGAAGUUGGUGAGUGUGGACGAGGCUGAAAGGAGGAAGAGAAGCAGCAGCUGAGGAGACAGAUUUGAGCUGGCUGGAGGAUCCCCGAGAGCAGGGAGAGGUCUGCCCACCCACCAGAGAAGCGGGCGAGAGCCUCUGGCCAGCAUCCUCUACCAAGGUUAAGAAAGCUCUUUUGUGCUGCAACCUGAACACCCGUCAAGCCCUAUCCCCACGAUGCUGUAUGUGCACAAUGGUUAUUAGACAGUCCACAUAUCAGGAGAAGGAACAUUCUUCCAGAAGGCUGAUCCCUGUGACCUAAUGAAUCCUUUGUAAAAAGUGGACUCAGCUAGGAUGUUACACCACCACUGUCGAAGGAACCCUGAACUCCAGGAAGAAUUGCAGAUUCAGGCUGCAGUGGCUGCCGGGGAUGUUCACACCGUACGGAAAAUGUUAGAACAAGGCUAUUCUCCAAAUGGCCGGGAUGCUAAUGGCUGGACCCUGCUUCAUUUCUCUGCAGCAAGAGGAAAGGAAAGAUGUGUUCGCGUAUUUCUAGAACAUGGAGCUGAUCCCACAGUGAAGGACUUAAUCGGAGGCUUCACUGCUCUUCAUUACGCAGCCAUGCAUGGUCGGGCCCGGAUCGCACGUUUGAUGUUAGAAUCUGAAUACAGGAGCGACAUUAUCAAUGCAAAGAGCAAUGAUGGCUGGACUCCCCUCCAUGUGGCUGCUCACUACGGUAGGGACUCCUUUGUCCGACUCCUACUGGAGUUCAAGGCCGAGGUCGACCCACUCAGUGAUAAAGGUACAACACCGCUCCAGCUAGCCAUUAUCCGCGAGAGGUCAAGCUGUGUGAAAAUCCUCCUGGACCACAAUGCCAACAUUGACAUUCAGAAUGGUUUCCUGUUGCGAUACGCUGUGAUCAAAAGCAAUCACUCUUAUUGCCGAAUGUUCCUUCAGAGAGGAGCAGACACAAACUUGGGUCGCUUAGAAGAUGGACAGACUCCUUUGCAUUUGUCUGCCCUUAGGGAUGAUGUGCUCUGUGCACGGAUGUUAUAUAAUUAUGGAGCGGACACGAACACAAGGAACUAUGAAGGACAGACUCCACUGGCUGUUUCAAUAAGUAUUUCUGGAAGUAGUCGACCGUGUUUGGAUUUCUUGCAAGAAGUCACAAGACAGCCCAGAAACUUGCAGGACCUGUGCCGGAUUAAAAUUCGACAAUGUAUAGGCCUUCAAAACCUAAAGCUACUUGAUGAACUACCAAUUGCCAAGGUCAUGAAAGACUACUUAAAACACAAAUUUGAUGAUAUCUGAUACACACAGAACUGUGAGCAAGAUUAGGAGUUAUAUUCCAGAUACUUAAAAAGGCUUUUUGCCUUGCACAAAGUAUAUCCUAUGCAAUUUCUGAUUUGCUGUGAAGUCAGAAAGCAGGUAUACACCUUUAGGUUUGUUUUUUUGUUUUGUUUUGUUUUUUUGCUGUCGUUCGUUCGUUUGGUUUUCAUUGUAGGGGAGGGAUUUUUUAUAUAUAUAUAAACAUACACACCACAUGCUUGAAGGUCUUAAUUUGGUUUCUUGGUCCAAGUUUAAGAGGUCCAAGCUUUCUAUACAAAUAGUGCAUUUGCAAAAACCAUUUUUCCAAAAUGACACAAGCAGGUUUGGAGUGGAGAAUUUACCCUUCCCAAAUUUAUGGUUUCAUUGGCGUGCACGAUACUGCAAACCAUCAGAACACUUAUUAAAGGGUGGAGGCACAGUGUCACCCGGGUGGGGGUGGGGGGCGGCCCUGGGUUCUACUGGAAAAUGCCCUAAGAACAUUUUAAAGAAAUAUUGUCACCUCCUUCAUUUUUAAUGAGUACAAAUUGGCUGUUUCAAACUGUUCUUUUCCUAAUUCAUGUAGCUUUUGAAUGACAUCAAUCCAGUACCUCUGCUUUCCUGUUGACGUGCUCUUGUUUUUAACUUAUUUUUUUAACAACUAUAGUACACUACCCAGAGACAGUGGGUCUCAACUUGUGUCUCUAGUAGAAUGGUGUUUUUAAAAAAAAUUAAUGGGAAAGAAAAUAACUUUAUAAAGCCAGUGUGUUCUGUUUUGAAAACAGUGCCUCCAGUGCAAUACUCUUUCUGGUGUAUUUUCUCCAUUAUUUCACUUGAUGUUCAUCAUUCCACAGCCGGCUUUGACCUGCCCGUGAGAACAGGAACCGCCACUUCUGUUUUAAUUGCACAAUCAUAGUAUGUCAGUUAGGCAGUUUCCAUUUUAAGUUGUUUUUUACUUCACUUAAAGCAGAAAAUUUCAUAUCCUGGUGGUAGAGUAUUCCCUAAAAAUAGCCCAAAAUAUUGUUCAACCAUUCGACUGUAAUGGUUAAAUAAUUUGGGAUGGUUUCAUGGGUUUCUUUUCGUUUCGUUUAUAUUUUUUAUUUUCGUUUGAAAAAAAAUUUCUAAAGGGCAAAAUUUCUAAUGGGUGCACAUUUGUAUGUCUGGUUAAUUCUUAAUAUGCUAAUUAAACAUUUCCUAUCUGUUUUAAGGUUAGACACAGGGGAGCUCUGGGGGACAGUUAUCCUACUUCCUUGGGUGGAUCAGACAUAGGUUUGCAGUGUAAACACUGAUAAAGUGCCAGUAACAACAAUGGAAAGGUUGCAGAGGCAUUAGGGAGUUAUGAUGGGGCCCUUGAAAAUGUGUUUUCUGCGUGAUUUGUCAUCGCAUUUGUUUCAAAAGAACCUUUUCAAAUAUCCCAGUAUUGUUCCUUAGUGCUUUGGGGAAUUUCAGACUAUUUACACACGAAUCACAAAUGUGUUAUCAGAAGUUUACAAGCUAAAGGGCUUCCCUUGUCUAAAUUUCGAGUUCUAAGUCAUUAAGUGUAAAACUGUUUCACCUGCAAAGUGUGUGCAGGCCAAAUUAGGGGCCUGCUCUGGCUUUACCUCUUUUCAGAGCCAGCAACAGUAUGUUGAGCACAAAAUUGGUUGUCUUGGACGCAGCAACCUCAGAUCAUCGGAUCAGCUUGUGCCCAGGCAGUGCGCAGGUUUCUGAAGAACAGGCCGCCUUGGAGAAAGCAUGACUGCAGGGAGCCAGAGAGCAUGUGGCCAGUUUUGUAAACAAACCAACUGCAGCCUGAUGGAUGGAAAUGGAUGGUCUGUCCUUUUCCCUUUUAGCGUACCUCCAAACAGUUAUCUCUCUCCGAGAGACAGAGUCCCGUGUGAACAUGCGCUCAGAGCUGUGUUCUGGUUCUUUAAAGAGGCCAGGUCAGGGUAAGACACAUUAGCAGCUUCAGGGACAUGGCCUGGCCAGAGAUGAACUGAGUAUCCCUCCUCCCUGAAGCCAUUGGCUCAGGCAACCAAGAAGGUAUGAGGGGGGCCGGGGGAUCCUGCACUCGGGGCAGUCAUGUUAAUGUUAAGUUCACACAGAGCUUAUUUCCUCAUACGUGUGUAUUAAUUUAUUUCAGUUUCAAAUGAUUUUCUUUUUGCCAACCGUUCAGAGGUUUCCAAACUAAGUUAGCGAUUGAAUUUGAGUCAGGGAAUUCCAAGUAAAAAGAUCAGAUUAAGGUAAAUUCUUUGUUCUGUAUUGCUGCUGUGACUUCAGAAAAAAAUUAUGAGAGCUCUUCCUGGAAUUGAAAUUUCUAUUUAAUGAAGAAGUGUAUAAUUCCAUUAUUUAUUGUUUGAGAUUUGAUUUAUCUGGAAACUUAAAAAGAAUGUUUUAUUUUUGUUGUUAAUAAAAAUCCCAAUCACAUAUCCUAUUUAACAAUAACUAAAAUGUGUCCAAGUCAGUAACUGGUGGAAUAUAGGAAUGCAUGUGCAGGUCCGCAUUGAAUUUGGUCGGCAGAGAAGCAUCCUGCAGUCACAUAAUGAACAGGGAGAACAAGUAUUAUCCAGAAAAUCAACAAAUUGUUUUUGUUUUUGUUUUUUUUUCCAAAAUCUUGACUGAAAUGUUCAGAAUACUAUCAAAUUUGUCACUGACCCUUCUGUGUUUCUUUUGAAAUUUAUUAUUUAAGCCUAUUCCUAAAUCUUUAGAAAAAUAUAUUUGGCACUUACACCAAAGAAACCAGCUCAUAAAAGAUUAUGAUCAGUAAUGAACUGCAAACCUCAUCUUUUGAAAACAGAAGAUUUUUGUUGUAAAUAUUUGUGUUCAUACAUGUACAGCAGAGUAAGAGUGUUUUUUAGAUUAUUUAAUUCCCAUAAUUCUAAACUAUUUACUACCAAUCAAUCCAUGGUUGUUAGUUUGGAGGAUUGGACUGUUUUGGUUUUCAAUACAUUAUCAGUCACGGUCGGAACAGCGUUUCCGCUGAGGAGUUCAGUGUGCUGGCAGUAGCAAGAGUUCAAGUCCGAAGUGUGUGGGAGUCUAGCGUGAUGUGUCAGAUGCACACCCUAAGGAACAAGAGUAUAGUUUAAUGACCAGAGUGGACCACAUGAAAAUUGAGAUUCUAACUUUCCUGCAGAAUUGCUCAUUAGCCCAGAAUGUGAUUGGGAUGAGGCCCUUUGCCCACAAAUUUAGCUUUCCUGUAACUCCUAGUGUGUUAUACCAUACUGUAUUUUGUUCUUCUUUUGUAAUGUAAGUUUUGCUUUGGGUCAAUUUGAAUUAAAAAAAAAAAAAAAACUUUAAUCUGGUUUAAAACCUAUCAGUCUUGUGGUGUUUCUUUCUAGUCUGCCUUAACUGCUUUAUUAUUGCCAGCUACUAGGUGAGAGGAAAACAAGUCU